UAAGGACAUCACUGAUAAUGUUUCUCUCUUCUCUCUUGCUUAAACAGCUCUUCAACAUCCAUAGCUUUUCAUUUUCUUUCAAAAUUUCUCUUAUUUUAUUAUAUUUUUUCCGACUUUAAAAUUCAAUGGAGAAUCUGAAUAUGGCGUUACUUUCUUCAUCGUCUUACUGUUCUGCUCCAAAGUUAUUUCCAUUAGGAUACAAUAAUCAUAGUUACGCUCUCAAAAACCCUACCAAAACCUUACAUUUUCGAACUUCCAAGAUUGUUCCUCGUCGUUCCCGAAUUCCCACCUCCGCCCAUCUUUUUCCUCUUCCUCCACGUCAUCCCCGAAUCGUUCUGAGAAAGCACGGGGAUGAGCGGUUUGCGAGCAUUUCUUCUUCUUCCAGCAAUCAACAGACUACUUCUUCAGUUGGAGUCAACCCGAAUCCCACUGUGCCUCCGCCGUCCUCUCAAAUAGGAUCACCGCUCUUCUGGAUUGGAGUAGGUGUUGGGCUUUCAGCACUUUUUACAUGGGUAGCUUCAAGAUUAAAGAAUUAUGCAAUGCAACAAGCUUUCAAAACCAUGAUGGGCCAGAUGAAUACACAAAAUAAUCAAUUUAGCAAUACUGCUUUUCCCUCGGGAUCCCCGUUUCCGUUUCCAUUUCCAGAACCUCCAUCAGCAGGUCCUACUACACCCCAUUUUCCAUCUUCUUCUCAACCUGCUGUCACAGUUGAUGAACCUGCAUCAAAAGUUGAAGCAGUCUCGGUGACUGAUUCAGAAACUGAAGUGAAAAGUGUGAAAGAUGAAAAAGAAACAGCUGAGCCAAAGAAAUACGCUUUUGUUGAUGUUUCUCCUGAAGAAACUGUCAACAAGAGUGCUUUUGAAGAUGCAGAGCUAAGUUCAUCAAGCGGUGUUGGCUCUCCCAAGGAUGUUUCUGAUAAUGGAGUUGCAUCCAAGCAGGAUGCUGGUGCUUUCAGGGGUUUCCAGGAAAGUGGAAGAUCAGGUCCUACCUUAUCUGUAGAUGCUUUAGAGAAAAUGCUGGAAGAUCCAACAGUACAGAAGAUGGUUUAUCCGUAUUUGCCCGAGGAAAUGAGGAACCCUGAGACUUUUAAAUGGAUGCUACAAAAUCCUCAAUACCGUCAACAACUGCAAGACAUGCUAAAUAAUAUGGGUGGAAAUACUGAAUGGGACAAUACGAUGAUGGAAUCCUUGAAGAACUUUGAUCUCAACAGUCCUGAGGUCAAGCAACAAUUCGAUCAGAUUGGGCUGACACCUGAAGAAGUAAUCUCCAAAAUAAUGGCCAAUCCUGAAGUUGCUAUGGCAUUCCAAAACCCUAGGGUUCAAGCUGCUAUCAUGGAGUGUUCCCAGAACCCACUGAGUAUUGCGAAAUAUCAAAAUGACAAGGAGGUUAUGGAUGUAUUCAACAAAAUAUCCGAACUCUUCCCCGGAAUGUCUGGUUCAUAUUGAACUUGGUUAGUUGGUUGGAUCCGGAGUAUCAAAUCCAAAACCGAGUAUGAUUUCUGAAUCACUCGUUCCGAGUUUGAGUUCUGUUUCCAGAAUGAAAACGAGCAUUACCAUUCGGUUAACCCUAAUGUCCACCGUUUAUUGUAAUCUAGAUUUUUGGUAAACUGUAGUUGCAGUUGAAUGCGUACACUAUCCAGAAACUAACGAUAAAUGGUUUUAUAGAGGCGCAAUGUCUUUGCAG